GGCGCACAUGCGCGUGGAGCUGAAGGCUGCCGCUUUGCUUUUAUUUGUAUCAUGGCGAGAUACAUGCGACCUCCAAACACGUCUCUGUUCAUCAGAAACAUCUCCGAUGACAGCAGGCCUGAGGAUUUGCGUCGUGAGUUUGGUCGUUACGGACCUAUAGUAGAUGUCUACGUUCCUGUUGACUUCAAUUCACGGCGACCAAGAGGAUUUGCAUACGUACAGUUCGAGGACGUUCGUGACGCGGAGGACGCGCUGCAUAACCUGGACAGGAAGUGGAUCUGUGGACGGCAGAUCGAGAUCCAGUUCGCUCAAGGAGACCGGAAGACUCCGGGUCAGAUGAAAUCCAAAGAGAAGCGCUCUCCUCGCAGCGACUCGCGGUACGAUGACUCUGAGCGGGACGGCCGGCGCAGACGCAGCUACAGCAGAAGCAGAUCUCGCAGUCCUUCAUACGAACGCCGCGCGCGCAGAUCAGCAAGCCCCAGACACUCUCGGGCGCGCGACAGACAGCGGAGGAGCAGAAGUCGUGAGAAGCACAGACACAGGUCACGUGAGCACGACCGCAGACGCCACCGAUCAGCCUCGCGCUCUCCGUCCCGUGACUCCAAAUACAAGGCCAAGAGCCGGCGGUCUGGCUCCCGGUCCAGCUCGGCCAGUCCGCCCGCGGAAGAGCUGCAUGCGUCGGCCGGACCCCGCUCCCGCUCGCGCUCCAGAUCCUGGGCCGGACGCAAGUCUGGAGGCUCUUAAAGCCUGUGCAGCUUUUCAUCGAAUCUGUGUUUAAUCAUGACCACUUGCUCUCGUUCUUACUGAAAUGAUGCUUGAAAGUUGUCAGAGGCAGUUCAUUCUUUUGUAAGAAACGUGCUUUGAUGCCAGUAUGAAGAUGGCUUUAUUUUUAUAGUCACAGACGAGCAGAAACCCAGCUGUUUGUGUAGAAAGAUGCAUGCAGAAACUGAAUAAUGGGAGAAAACAGUUGAUUUAAAGAUUUGUUUGCUCGGAAAAGUCGCAGUGUUAAGUUUUUCUUCAAAAGUUAUACUGUAUUAGAAACUCAAUUUGUAUUAAGUCUUGCAUCUGUUUAUAUUAAAGACGUAGUAUUUUUGUCAUCGCAAAAUAAACAUGAUUUAAACGUAUUGCAUUUCCACAGCGUGAAGUCGAGGUCCUAUGGAUUUAUGAAUGAACAGAUUUACAAUCUGCUUUAAACCGUACAGUACACAGGAUACAUUUCAUUGACUUACACUACAGGAAGAAAAUCCACUUCAGCAGCUCAAAGGC